CACACACAAACAUUCCCCCCCAUAGUCCUUUCGAAGUCUCAUUCUUCUUUCUUUCUUCUCCAUUCCAUUUCCUUCGCAGACACUCUCUAUACUAUACGCUCUCUCUUUCUCUGCAACGACAAAGCUUGUUAUCCACUACAAUCGCAUGUAAAUUCUUCCGAUACAACCACGGCUCCAGACCAAUCAGUUUUCGAUAUGUACCUCUCUUCGGAGAAGACUCGUUCGGUUGACUUCUACAAGGAAGGAGGUGGAGGUGGAGGUGGCGGUGGCGGUGGCGGUGGUGUUGGUGUUAGUGUUGGUGUUGGUGUUGGUGUUGGUGGCGGUGGAGAAGAAGAAGAAUCAGAUAGGGAUAUGAUGAUGGAGGUUGUGACCAAUGGUGUCUUGCCUUCUCACCCGAGGAACCAGCUCCAACUCCAGCAACAGCAGCAGCAGCAGAUGAUUCUCGGGGAGAAUAGUAGCGGAGGAGAAGAGCACGAGGUUAAAGCCCCUAAGAAGAGAGCGGAGACUUGGGUCCAGGAAGAGACUCGAAGCUUAAUUGGGUUUCGAAGAGAGGUUGAUGGGCUUUUCAAUACUUCGAAAUCGAAUAAGCACUUGUGGGAACAGAUCUCCGCUAAGAUGAGGGAAAAGGGUUUCGAUCGUUCCCCCACUAUGUGUACGGAUAAAUGGAGGAACUUGCUUAAGGAGUUCAAGAAGGCUCGGCAUCAAGUCAAAGUGGGUAGUAGGUCGGCCAAGAUGUCGUAUUAUGAGGAUCUUGAGGAGCUGCUUAGGGAUAGGAACAAGAACAGUUCUUCUACUACCACUGUUUCUACGGCUGCUUACAAGAGUCACACUCCUCCUCCGAAAGUUGAUUCCUUCAUUCAUUUCUCUGAUAAGGGUCUUGAGGAUGCCAGCAUACCUUUUGGACCAAUUGGAGCUACAGACCGAUCAGCAGUCAAUUUGGAAAGGCGGCUGGAUCAUGAAGGUGAUCCUCUUGCUAUCACCGCUGCUGAUGCAGUUGUAGCCAGUGGAGUUCCACCUUGGAAUUGGAGAGAGGCCCCUGGUAAUGGAGCAGAGAAUCCACCUUCAUUUUGUGGAAGAAUCAUAACAGUCAAGUUGGGAGAAUAUAGCAGAAGGAUUGGUAUCGAUGGAAGUGCGGAGGCAAUAAAGGAAGCAAUCAAAUCCGCAUUCAGAAUAAGAACAAAGCGUGCAUUUUGGCUUGAGGAUGAAGAUCAGGUGGUCCGGAGUCUUGAUAGGGAUAUGCCUCUGGGAAAUUAUACUCUGCAUCUUGAUGAAGGAAUUACUAUUAAAUUUUACGAUGAGUCAAACCGUGGAGUGGUUCGUGACGAAGCAAUAUCGUUUUAUACUGAGGAUGAUUUCCGUGAUUUCCUAACUCGCCGUGGGUUGACUGGUUUAAGAGAAUUAAGUGGCUACAGGUGCAUUGAUUGCUUGGAUGAUCUUCAAUCUGGUGGAAUGUAUCAAGGGGUCAGACUUCUUGUGGAUUAGGCUCUUUUUUUACAAUUUUCACCUUAUGUUUCUUGGUUGGUUUCUUGGAGAUAAAUGCCAGUUUUCUAACCUUGAAACCACAUUCCCUUACACUGUAAACUUUUGUCCAUCUCUUAAUUGUCAGUACACUCCUCUACGAGUUUUAGAUGGCAUUAGUGCUUGCAUAAUUUUAAACUCUGUUAUGUUAACAUUGUAAAGAUGUAUUUUGUAUAUUCUAAUGUAUGCCUACUACUGUUCUAAUGAAUUGAAAAAUGUCAAUUGGCCUUUACCAAUUAUAUUUGCUA